GUUGUUUUAAAGAAAGGUCAAACGGGGUCAUGGGAAGCUGUCAGCUGGAACAUGGCGCGAAAUUCUUUGGCAGCUGCUAUUUCUGUCAGCAGUGUGUGUGUAUCAGACACGUAACUUAUUACACGUUCGCUGUUUUAGAAACGAAGGUCAGUCUGUUGUUCUGGUUGAAGGUUAACGUCAGACUGUGACAGCUUAUUGGAUGUCAAAAGUGAGACUGAGACAUCCAUGCAAGUGUGUGCUGGCCUAACCCUAGUGUGGACCCGCAUUGUUUGAGAAGACUAGCAAACUGCUAAUUAACUUAUAGUAUAAACAAUGCCAGGAAACAGGCAGCUUAAGAACAGAACUGCUGUGGACCCACCAGACGGAGGCUGGGGAUGGGUUGUCGCGCUGGCAGGUUCCGGGAUUCUCGCAAGUACGUUUGGCAUCAUCCACUCAUCGGGCGUCUUCUUUGUUCCGUGGAGAGAGCAGUUUGUCGGCGCCUCGGCUGCAGAGGUCGCCUUGGUUUCAACAAUGGUUAUGGGGAUAACGAAUUUGGCAGCACCCAUAUCGAGUGGUCUUGGUGGGAAGUUUGGAUUCCGUCCAGUCAUCAUGGCAGGAGGUGUGCUGGCAGCAGCAGGGUUCUGUCUCAGCCGGUUUGCAACUCACAUCUCCCACCUUUACAUCACUGUUGGCUGUCUUGUAGGGUUUGGCAGCAGCUUGAGUGUAACAAACAUCCUGGUAUGCUUGGGAAGAUACUUCACCACAAAGAGACUCCGAGCCAACAGUAUUUCCACACUGGGAGGGAGUCUGGGUGCCUUCGCUUUCCCGCCUCUCUUCCAACUACUGAUAGAUGAAUACGGGACGAAGGGGGCUCUUUUGAUCGCCGGUGGUAUCAUACUUCAUGUUGUGCCGCUCGGAGCACUGGUGCGCCCAAUCCACCUCAAAGCUGAAGCGACAAGCAUAACGAAUUCAAGAAAGCAACCUGUCUUUCCAGAUGACAAUACUUUAUCUGUAGAAAUACAAGACAAGGGUUCACAUGGUUGCUUUUAUGGUUGCAGUAUAAGAAAGAGAUUUCUGUCUGUACUUGAUGUCAGUCUUUUGAAGGAACCAUCCCUUUUGAUAUUUCUUAUCUCAGUUGGUUUUGUAGCGUCCAAUCGCCAAGCCUCCAACAUCUACCUCAUCCCACGUGCAAAGUUUCUGGGCAUAGACGACUAUCCCGCCGCUUUCCUCAUGUCUAUUGCGGGCAUCCUGGGAAUGUUUGGUCGUGGCAUUGCCGGAGUGCUGCCUGAGUGGGAGAGGUAUCGACGUAUCGACCAGUACGGGACAGUAGCUGUCGCGAUGGGCUUUACGAUGAUGCUGGUGCCAUUGGCUGUGUCAUAUGGCAGUAUGGUCGCCUACAGUGUUGUAAUUGGGCUGCUGUUUGGGGCGCUCAUCCCGUUAACUAUCACGACAGUUUCAGACCUUGUUGAGAUUGAAAGACUUCCCAGCGCCAUGGGACUCAGGAUGUUUGUGCAAGGUGUUGCCACUCUAGCUGGACCAGCUGUUUCAGGGGCCUUACGUGACGUCACUGGUAGCUAUGAUGCAACAUUUCUGCUGGGUGGGGCAUGUGUUCUGUUCGGAGGGCUGAUUCCAUUUUCACUGCACAUGCGAGUGUUUACUCAAUACAAGGUCAAACAAACAAACAAACAAACAAAGGAGGACAUCAUGGAUGACACAGGCAUGGUGGACACAGCAGCACUGAAUGAUAAUGAACCUGCUCCUCCAGAUAGACCAAUGAUAGUAACAAAAGAAACAUCAUUAUGAGUUUAUCAUAAUUUUUUAUGAAGAUUGUAAUGAUUGUGAUAAGUGAUAUCCUGUUUUGAUAUGAGAGUGGGACAAAACGUUUCACAGCAGAAUAGACCAUUUUACAAAAUUUUACAAAUAUUUAUGAAAACAAGGACUGGGUUAAGGAAAUGCAUGUAAAAAUUUAAUAAACAUUGUUAGGAAAGUUGUAAGCAAGGGUGCAAGCAAGGGUGCCAUAAAAGGUGUUUGGGUUAAUAUCAAGUUUAUUUUAGCAAUUCUAGUUUUGCCCAAAGCACCACCAAGAUUUUGGAAAUUGAUCUAUUAACGUGCCUGAAUGUCUUUAUAUUUUGUCGCUGUUGUACAAACUAUUAAAAUGUGCAAUAAGCAACAUUUUUAAUAGAAUAGUUCUUUUGAAAACAAUGUACAUUACGAUUUCUUAUCAUCUAGGAAAGAAUUUGUAAAGUUACAUUUUUUGUCAUAAGUGCCACAAUCUAGCAGUUUGGUUGCCAAGGUAUUUUAUGGGUAUUGUAUUCAUAUCCAUGUGCAAUUCAAUAUAAAACCCAAUACAAAAGUUGGAAA